AAAGAGUUGAAAAUACAAGCACAAGUUUUGAGACGGUAUUUACGUAAAGGUUUUGCAAAAGAGUUAAAUAUUAAUUCAUUAGGUUAUGCAGAAUACAAUGCAUAUAUUAGUCAUUGUUUAUCUCAUGCAUUUG